UUUAUAAAAUCGCAAAUUUUACCACUAGCGUGAAUUCACUGGUGAUAUUCUUUGUUACCUUCAAAUGCGCUGGAAAAGAUGGAAGAAGGAGAAAAAGAAAAAAGAGGAAUGCCCUAAAACUCCCCCUGGUGGGGCCGGGUGGAUUGGAUAUCCCUAUUUCCCGCCAAACCUUUCCCGCGAGAUUGUUCGAUUUACACACACAGACACAGCAAUACAUCUGACUAAACACUACCUUCUUCUCCUUCUCUCUCUCUCUCUCUCUGUAGGUGAAUUUGACGGCAUCAGUGUAAGUCUUUGGUGGUACAUUCAGUGUAUCACAAUUGCUGUUGCUGUGAGUCACAUGAGAUAGGAUCUGGAGAAGAACUUGUCUAGUUUUUCUGCUUCAAUGGAACUAAGGGGUUGUGGAAAUACACAUUUCAUCCAAAUCAUAAGAGGAGAUUUGGUUAUUAAAGGUUACAAUACAGAUUCUCAUGGAAGGCCAGCCCUUUCAUUUAAGACUAUUAAGGAAAUAUACGAGGGUAAAGAAAGUGUGAAAUAUGAAGUUCCAUGUUUCCCUGUGGCACAAAGAACAUUAAGGGAAAUAAAACAUGAAAUAGAUGAAUUUGUUUCAGAUCCUGACAAUGGUUUGGACAGUGAUUUGGAUGAUGAAACCACAUUGAGACAGCUUAAACAAAGGUUCCUAAAAAGGAAAAGGAAAGUUACUUCUAGGGAUCAGAAUUCUAACCUGGCAUAUGCAAACCAAAAGACAUUGCAAGCUGAAUCCGAUCUUAAUGAGCCCAUUAUCAAUUGGAAAUCCAAGAAUUCAAGGAAGUUGAAGGCCAAAAAGAAUUGCAUGAAGGGAACUGUUGUCUCCUCUUUGACCACUGCCUUUGAUAUCAAAUCCGAAACGAACCUUGUUGAAGGUUUGCCACAAGUUGGUCCUGACCUAGCUCUAGUUAUUCGUGUCAAAGUUGAGGUUCCAGAUGCCAAUGAACUAGGAUGCAAAAGAAAAACUUCUGCUGCUGCUGAUGCAUCCAUGGGCCAAAAUGAGGUAGCAAGUCCGGGUGGUGAAGCGUCAAAUGGAUUCCAGAAAACGAUGGCUCAGCUAGAACUGAGAGAACCAUUAUAUUCUGCAGAAGAAUGCCUGAAGUGUGUUACUAAUGAGAUUUCCUACGAACAUUUGGAGGACAAUGAGCCCAUUUCUGAACUCGACCCAUCGGACGGCAUGACUGGUAAGUUGGAAACUCCAGAAUUGUUUUGCGAUGAAUCUCUAGAUUUGGCUUUUUUGGAAAUUGAGAAGGGCAAAGAGAUUAGGGAUAAAAAUUCUUGCAGAAGGUCACUCUCUGAUGACCAAAGUUCAGAUGUGUGUAUGCCUUCCAGAAGUUAUUCUAGUAUGGAAGAGAUAUCUGCACAAGGCAGUAGUUCUGGAGUCCCAGUUCCUCGUAAGGUUAUUGGCUGUAACAUUGGAUGCACUGAGGAUAAAUUAAUGACAGAUGAGCAACAUAAUUGUCUGAGUGCCCCUGAGAAGAUCUGCAGUUCUUCUCAGAAGUCCAUUACUUCCUUGAGGAUUGAUGAUAAUUUAGCUCCAACCAAUGAUAAUAUAGCUGACGCGGAGGAAUCAUUAACAUCUACCUUGAUAGAUCUAAAAAAAAAUGGCUUGAACUCUAGAAGUAAUAUGGAGAAUGAAUUAUUGAAGGCUGUGGAGAAGCAGGGUUCAGCAUCUUCAAUCACCGAGACAAAAAGUCAGUCCUCCAGAGAGCACCAAACUUCAGAUAGUGCUGACAAAAUUUUAACACCAGAAUCACGUCAGCCUCCAGAAAGACUUCUUUCUACACGAAAGGCCAUCUCUCCGUCUUCUCAAGAGCAAUUAUGCUUGGCAAUGAAUUCAGUUGAGCUAUCAGAUGGUGUUGACCAACAUAUUGGUUCAGAAUGCAAAGGGCAGCUCUUUGACAGACAAACUGAGAAGAAGUCUUCACUUGUAAGACCAGAAUUCCAUCGUACUAGACUAACCAUUAAACAUGGAGGGCAGGGGCAGGUUGGCCAGAGAAAAGUCAUCAUAAGUUCCAGAGAUAUCAUAAAGAAGUCAAAGAAUGCAAAAGUCGAUCUUGAGAGUCCUCGUUUUUCCCGCACCCUGCCUAACCUUAGUGCUGGAUGUACGUCCAUUCAAGGUUGUUCUGAAAGUGCUAUUGCAUUCUCACAGCGGCAGAUGCAAGACAUGGAGUCUCUUGCAGUGAAGCUGAUGAACGAGCUGAAAUCGAUGAAGGACAUUGUAGAGCAAAAGUUGCUUUUUGAAGCAUAUCGCAGUGCUUCCUUGAGAAGUGAUGCAGAUGAGGUAAAAUCAGCAAUUAAUAGUGCUUCGAGAAUGGAGGAAACAGCACGAAAGUGGCUAUCCAUGAUGCAAAGGGACUGCAACCGUUUUUGUAAAAUAAUGAAACUGACUCCGAAUGGUGUUGCUGCCUCCAAUGAUGCUGGCCCCAGGGAGAGGAAAAAGAUUAUUUUUGCCGAUGAAGCUGGUGGUAAGCUAUGUCAUGUCAAACUUUUCGAAGAUGGCAUCACUUCCCCUUUAUCUGAUGGCGUCCAACAGUAAAGGCAAUCAAUUUAGUAACAUAUGGGAUAGCAGCAAUAAACUCGAGUAUUAAAGUUAGAUCGAUAUUAGCAGUCCAACUUGAUGAUAUUGUAAGCUAGUUAACAUUUUACAUCUGAUAUGGGUUACUACCAUAUGGGUAGUAAGAAAUCAACCUCCUGAUGACCAGAGGAGCCGGACUAAGUUGUUGCUCUAGGUGCCUAUUGUACUAAAUAGAACCUGUUAAUUCUUUUGCAGAAAUAUCAAUAUUUAUGUAUUUCUCCAUGUACCUGUUCCAUUGUUAUGUAAUGUAUAAUUGGCCACCGGCACUUUUCCCCUCGACUUUUUCACGUUGUAGGACUUUUCAACCAUUGUACCUUGUAUUAUGAUAUUGCUGAGCCUGAAAGAAUCUUUAUGUCAUUUGAAAUAGACAAUUACAGUU